UAUGGUCACCCUAUUAUUGCCAUACUUUGGCUACUUUCUUGCUAAAUAUUAAGCAAGCGACGCGAGUCACCGGGAAUCUAGAACGCAUCUGACUGCAAGCGUUCGAAUUUGGUCGCGUCGCGUUCAGAGCAGACGGGCUGUAAGAGGAGAGGAAUAUUUUGCCCUUUACUGCCCUGAGACCGGUGACGUAGAGAAUCCCCAAAACUUGCGGAAAGUGUGGAGAAAAACAGGCUGCAGUCUAUGCGGCGCGCUCAUCUCCAGUGAAAAUGCGAGGAUACAUUCAAACUCAUCGUAUUCGCUUCCAUGAAGCGCUUUAUGUCCUUUAUAUGUUGUGUUAUGUCAGUAAUUUAGCUUGUGCUGCUGCGGAAGUGUCGGACAAAACUGAAGUUUGGAACAAAACUCAGCUUCUCGAACUGUACAAUAAAGGUGUUUUCCGGUUGGAGAGUAUAUCGCAGAAGCUUUGCCUCUCAGCGGACACGUCCGGUCUAUCUCUGACCAGCUGUGACCCCCCGUCUGCCACCCUGCUUUGGAAAUGGGUGUCCCGGCACCGUCUCUACAAUCUGGGCACCAAUCGAUGUCUUGGGAUCAAUGCGACCAAGAUGCUGCAGCCUGAUGUGGGCGUCUUUGAGUGUGACGUUUCCCUCCCAACCAUGUGGUGGCGCUGUGGAAGCAGCAUGUUAUAUAGUGCGAUGAAUAAUAAGCUAACGGUGGUGGACUCCAAAGUGGUGGUGAGGAAGACCACAUCAGUGCAUCAGUGGAGGAUUUACGGUGCGGCCGGUGAAGGGCCAUGCGCUUACCCAUAUGAAGACAUCCACACGUUACAAGGAAACUCCCGUGGGAUGACCUGCUCCAUACCCUUCAAAUACAACAAUAAAUGGUUCUGGGAUUGUACCUCUGAGGGCAGAGAGGACCGUCACCUCUGGUGUGCCACCACUAACCGCUAUGAUCAAGAUGAGAAAUGGGGCUUCUGCCCUAAUCCAGUGUCAGACUGCAAUGAAUUCUGGGAGAACCAUCCAGAGCUGAAUGCCUGUUAUCAGUUUAACUUGUACUCCAUCCUCACCUGGAGUCAAGCUCUUACUUCCUGUCAAGCACAGGGUGGGAGUCUUCUGUCCAUCACACAGUCCAGUGAACAGAGCUAUAUCAUAGGAAGACUCUUAGAUAUGGGUGUGAUGGUCUGGAUUGGAUUAAACCAUCUCAGUCAACACGGGGGAUGGCAGUGGUCUGAUGGAUCUCCUUUGGCUCUUGUCAGUUAUACCGCAGAUCUGACCUCCACGCCGGUGCAGGAGAACCAGCAGUGUGGGGUGUUUAACUCCACGCUGGAUUCCUGGCAGAGUCUGUCCUGUGAGUCAGCCUUGCCUUACAUCUGCAAGAAAACCACCAAACACAACCGGAAUGCCGAGCCGCUUGAUGACUGGCAAUAUAAGGAGACGAUUUGUCCUGAUGGUUGGUUGGACCACAAUGGGUUUUGUUACCGGUGCGUGGAGGAGAAGUCGAGCUGGGACAGCUCUUCUAGCGCAUGCAAAGCUCUUGAGGCAGAACUGGUCAGCAUCCACUCCCUCUCCCAACAGGAACUACUACUGAAACUGCUCUCCAAUGGAUCCAACUCUAAGGUGUGGAUCGGCUUGCAUAAGGAGGCCAAACUUUCAACAGUCCAGUGGUCUGACGGCUCUCCCGUCACAUUCACAUCCUGGUACUCUCAGGAGCCUUCCCAUUGCCAUGGCGACAAACGAAUCUGCGUUACCGCGGACUGGAAGGAAGGCAGAUGGCAAUUUGAAGAUUGCGAAGAGCAGCAUGCAGCAAUCUGUAAGGCAAGAGGCCUUGUUCCCCAGCAUCCUACUGGAGAAUGGGAUGAAGGAUGUUCAGAGGGCUGGAGAAGGAAGGACAACUGGUGUUAUAAAAUCACAGAUCAGGAGCAGACGUUUGAGGAAGCAGUGAAAGGAUAUUACUGCAGAUCUCCUCUUGUUACUGUAGAAAGCAGGUUUGAGCAGACCUUUCUAAAUAGCCUGAUCAGUGAAAUGGGAGGCUCUCAGUCCCGAUUCUACUGGACAGCUCUGCAGGACCAGAACAGAACUGGCGAGUACCGCUGGCUGACUCAGAAUGACUCGUCGGCACGCCUCACCUACACCAACUGGAACCGACACCAGCCAGUGAUUGGAGGAGGGUGUGUGGUGAUGUCUGGAGGUCAAGCUCUAGGUCACUGGGAGGUGAAAAAUUGUCAUUCCUUUAAGGCCCUGGCUGUGUGCAAACAGGAAGUUAGUGGUAACCAUGACACCCUGAUGCCUGUGCCACACAUAGAUAUGAAUGCACAAUGUCCGACAGGAUGGGAGAGCCGCAAAGGCCUGUCUCACUGUUACAAGGUGUAUCACAGUGAGAAGAUCCUGAUGCAUCGCACCUGGACUGAGGCUCAGUUCUUCUGCCGGGCCUUGGGUGCUGAUCUGGCCAGUUUCCAUCACUAUGAAGAUCAGGCUUUUGUCAAAAAGCUCCUCUUCGUGAUGUUCCAAAGUACAGAGGGUCGCUGGUUUUGGGUGGGCUUUACUAAGAGAAACCCUUGGUCUGAUGGAGCCUGGGAGUGGUCCGAUGGCACACCGGUGGUGACAUCGUUCAUUGAGGAUAUGAAUGAAGUGGACUCUCGGAUGUGUGCUGUGUACAGUGACCUCACAAACACUCUCACGCCUCACUCAUGCGACUCCAAAUAUGAAUGGAUUUGCAAGGUCCCUAGAGGUGUGGAGUUGGUCAAGCCAUACUGGUACAGCGACCAACAAGAGCCGUGGGUGUUUUUCCGUGGAGCUGAAUAUUACUUUGCCAGUAAGCCGUUUCCCUGGGGGUCCGUCUCCUUUGCCUGUAAGAUGAUGGGUGCUGAUCUGCUCUCUGUUCACUCUAGAGAGGAACUGGACUUCAUCAGAGAACACAUGAUCAAGGACUCUGAAUAUUGGUGGAUUGGUUUGUCUGCUAACAGUGGUCACAAUGGUCUCAGUUGGACUGAUGGAUCCGCUUUGGAUUAUGAGAACUGGGAAAAUGGUCGAUUUUACCGAAAGCCUGGCCAAAACUGCAUCCAGAUGUCGUCUCAGUCUGGUCAGUGGUCAGCAGGAAGCUGUAAAGAUCGACAUGGUUACGUGUGCAAGCGCAGAACGGUGUCUUUAGUGGAGGAUCCACGCGAACCUCACUAUGUCGGCCGCUGCCCAGAAAACUGGUUCUACUAUGGACACAAGUGUCUAUUUCUGCAUCUCCCAACCCAUCCGGAAGAUGGGAAAACCUGGCAGGAUGCUCAAUCCAUCUGCUCAUCAUAUCAGGGAUCUCUGGUGUCCAUAGAGGACAAAAUUGAACAAGCUUACAUCGUCAUGCUGCUUAAUGGCUGGUCAGCGGGGGUUUGGAUUGGUGCACGGGGUCGUUUUUCCUCUAAAUGGAGCAAUGGGAAGCCACUCAGCUAUAAUAACUGGGAGAUGUCUAAUUAUAGAUCUCCUGAAGAACCUCAUUGUACUUACCUGUCCAACAGUCACAACUUCCGGGUGACAGGGCUAUGGCAGGAUGACGUCUGUACUGAGAGCGUCUAUGGCUUUGUCUGCCAGAAGCCGCAAGACAUCACCAAGCGUCCUACACAAUCCUAUUAUACCGCUUCCUCUCUGGACUCAUCUGAGUAUAAGAACCACAGUUACCGUAUCAUUCAUGGCAAUUUGAGCUGGUACCAGGCCCAGAAAACAUGUUUGGAGAAGGGGGCGGCACUUGUGAGCAUCACAGACCCGUUUCAGCAGGCCUAUCUCACUGUGCUGGUCAACAGGCUUGAAGCCCCACACUGGAUCGGCUUGUACAGCACAGAUGAUGGUAUCUCUCACCAGUGGUCUGAUGGCAGUGAGAUUUCCUUCACUUACUGGGAAGUGUCUAAUUAUUACCCAGAGGGGCCCAUGGGAGAUGGAGGCUGCGUUUCCAUGGAUGUUAACGGACGGUGGAAAGACGUUGAAUGUGACAUGUUGUUAUCAGGAGCGAUAUGCUACAUACCUCCUCCGAAAAGCAUUGCUUUCUCCUAUGAAGUGGUAUGUCCUGAGACCUGGGUGAAGUUUCGUGGGAGCUGCUAUUAUUUUGAAACAGUUAUAUUAAAGAUGACCCUGGAGGAAGCGAGAAAUCGCUGUAAAAAGAAGGGAAAUUUUUCAGAUGUUCUUACAGUUCAAGAUGAUGAGGAGAGCCGGUUCUUCCUUAAAGAGAUGUCACCUCAUUACCGGGGCCCUCAGAAUUUGUGGCUAGGAAUUUUAUACGACACUGACACUGAUGCUUUGACUCGACUGGAUGGCUCACCGCUCCAUUACACUAACUGGCGCUCCAAAGCUCCAGAUGCCGGUGACAUGAGGGCUGAUUCAUGUGUGACCAUGCGGGUUUCAGAUGCUGUGUGGCAGUUAGCCGACUGCACUGAGAAACUGGGCUUUAUCUGCAAAACCUCAACAGGUGCCAUCAAAGAGGUAGAAGUGGAGCCAUUGAAAGGUCUACACCAAGGUGUGAUCUCAGCAGCUGCGUUGGUGGCCAUUGUGCUGUUUGCUGUGGUGAUGGGAUCAUUGUGGCUCCUUUACAAGAGAAACUCUCUGUGCAUCCUAAGGCUUCCAACGUUUGGCAGCGCCUAUUACAGACAGACAAGUUCCCAAGGAAACGACCAAGAUGAAAAUGUUUUACUCCCAGACCUAGAGCCACAAGCAGGGGACUAGCAUGUGUUUGUGUCAGUGUAUAGGUGCAUGUUUCCAUUUGUGUUUUGAGUGAGAGUGUGUUCAUUCAGUCAGGGAAACUGCAGUAGGAAUGAUGAGGAUAGUCGAGUUGUCUGUCCGUACUGUAGCUAUAGGAGGAUACUGUGCACAUACAGAUCUUAUAAAGCCCCAAGACAGACCAUUUAAACGCAUUAUGAAAGGGAUAUCCUUUAUGAAGUGAGAAGUGGGUCUUUUUCACUUUGUCUUAUAUUCAGAACAACAACAGAAUUCCUCUUGGAUGUAAAAGUUAAAAUGGGCCAAAUGGCUUGUUUGUUGAGUGUGGUUUAAUAUUGUUAAGGUGUUGAGGCCUGUUUACACUAAAACAAAUGUAUAUCAUGAAAAUGUUU